CCGCCCCGCGCCCUCCCUGGGCGGGUGAGCGCGCGCGGCCGCGGUGCGCUGUGGGAUAGUGGCGGUAUAAAGUGUACGCUCGGCGCGGCCGUGGCUGAGGGGGCCGGCGCGAGCGGGGCAUGAAGAUGGCGGACGCCAAGCAGAAGCGGAACGAGCAGCUGAAGCGCUGGAUCGGCUCCGAGACCGACCUGGAGCCGCCUGUGGUCAAGCGCAAGAAGACCAAGGUGAAGUUCGACGACGGCGCCGUCUUCUUGGCCGCCUGCUCCAGCGGAGACACCGAGGAGGUGCUGCGACUGCUGGAGCGGGGCGCCGACAUCAACUACGCCAAUGUGGACGGGCUCACCGCUCUCCACCAGGCUUGUAUAGAUGAUAACGUAGAUAUGGUGAAAUUUCUGGUGGAAAAUGGAGCAAAUAUUAAUCAACCAGAUAAUGAAGGCUGGAUACCUCUACAUGCAGCUGCUUCCUGUGGAUAUCUUGAUAUAGCAGAGUAUUUAAUUAGUCAAGGAGCACAUGUAGGAGCUGUAAAUAGUGAAGGAGACACUCCAUUAGAUAUUGCUGAAGAAGAGGCAAUGGAAGAGCUGCUUCAGAAUGAAGUAAAUAGACAAGGGGUUGAUAUAGAAUCAGCUCGAAAAGAAGAAGAACGAAUAAUGCUAAGAGAUGCAAGACAGUGGCUCAACAGUGGCCAUAUAAAUGAUGUCAGGCAUGCAAAAUCUGGUGGUACAGCACUUCACGUAGCUGCUGCUAAGGGCUAUACAGAAGUCUUAAAGCUUUUAAUACAGGCUCACUAUGAUGUAAAUAUUAAAGAUUAUGAUGGCUGGACACCACUUCAUGCUGCUGCACACUGGGGUAAAGAAGAAGCAUGUCGCAUUUUAGUGGAAAACCUAUGUGAUAUGGAGGCUGUCAACAAAGUGGGUCAGACAGCAUUUGAUGUGGCAGAUGAAGAUAUUCUAGGAUAUUUAGAAGAGUUACAAAAGAAGCAGAAUCUGCUUCAUAGUGAAAAACGUGAAAAGAAAUCUCCCCUAAUUGAAUCCACAGCCAACAUGGAUAAUAAUCAGACACAGAAAACAUUUAAAAAUAAGGAGACACUGAUUAUGGAGCAAGAAAAGAAUGCAUCUAGUAUAGAGUCUCUGGAGCAAGAGAAAGCAGAUGAAGAAGAAGAAGGAAAGAAGGAUGAAUCCAGUUGUUCUAGUGAAGAGGAAGAAGAUGAUGACUCAGAAUCUGAAGCAGAGACAGAUAAGACCAAAACCUUGGCAGCUAAUAAUGCAAAUACCGCAAGUACACAAUCAGCAUCAGUAGCUGUGAUGGCGCCUUCAGUAGCUGGUGGCCAAGGGGCACCUACAUCGCCUGUUAAGAAGUUUCCAGCAUCUACAACCAAGGUUUCUCCCAAAGAUGAAGAGAGGAAAGAUGAAUCUCCUGCUUCAUGGAGGUUGGGUCUUAGAAAAACUGGUAGCUAUGGUGCACUUGCAGAGAUUACUGCUUCCAAAGAAGCUCAGAAAGAAAAGGACUCUGCAGGUGUUAUGCGUUCUGCAUCAAGUCCUAGACUUUCCUCUUCACUGGACAACAAAGAAAAGGAGAAAGAUGGAAAAGGAACUCGACUUGCAUAUGUUGCACCUACAAUACCAAGACGGCUGGCCAGUACCUCUGACAUUGAUGAAAAAGAGAACAGGGAUUCAUCUGCUAGUUCAAUACGUGGUGGCAGUUCCUACACCAGAAGAAAAUGGGAGGAAGAUGUCAAGAAAAACAGUUUGAAUGAAGGUCCUACAUCAUUAAACACAAGUUAUCAAAGAAGUGGCUCCUUUGGUAGAAGACAAGAUGAUUUGAUAAGUUCUAAUGUUCCAAGUACUGCAUCAACAGUUACCUCUUCUGCUGGUCCUCAGAAAACGCUGCCUGCCAGCACAAACACUACUACAAAGAGUACAACGGGGUCUACUUCAGCAGGCGUACAAAGCAGUACCUCAAAUCGUUUGUGGGCUGAGGAUAGUACUGAGAAAGAAAAGGACAGUGUUCCUACAGCAGUGACCGUUCCUGUUGCACCAUCUGUUGUAAAUGCUGCAGCCACUACCACAGCCAUGACUACAGCUACUUCUGGCACUGUGUCCUCAACAUCAGAGGUCAGGGAGAGACGGAGAUCAUACCUCACUCCGGUACGGGAUGAAGAGUCUGAGUCCCAAAGAAAAGCUAGAUCCAGGCAAGCAAGACAGUCUAGAAGAUCUACACAGGGCGUAACACUGACAGAUCUUCAAGAAGCUGAAAAAACUAUAGGACGAAGUCGUCCCACACGAACCAGAGAACAGGAAAAUGAAGAAAAAGAAAAGGAGGAGAAAGAAAAGCAAGACAAAGAAAAACAAGAGGAAAAGAAAGAAUCUGAAACUAAAGAUGAUGAUUAUAGACAAAGAUAUUCCCGAACUGUUGAGGAGCCGUAUCAUCGCUAUAGACCAAGUUCAACUUCUACUUCUUCAUCAUCCACCUCUUCGCUCUCCACGUCCACUAGCUCUCUAUCAAGUUCAAGUCAGCUAAACAGACCAAACAGCCUUAUAGGUAUAACUUCUGCCUAUUCUCGGAGUGGAACAAAGGAAAGUGAGAGAGAAGGGGGCAAAAAAGAAGAAGAAAAGGAAGAAGAUAAGUCACAGCCUAAGUCUAUAAGGGAAAGACGGAGACCAAGAGAAAAACGACGAUCUACAGGAGUGUCUUUUUGGACUCAGGAUAGUGAUGAAAAUGAACAGGAUCACCAAUCGGAUUCAGAAGAAGGAACAAAUAAGAAAGAAACUCAGAGUGAGAGCCUUUCAAGAUAUGAUACGGGAUCGCUCAGCAUGUCUGCAGGUGAUCGUUACGAUUCAGCGCAGGGGCGAUCAGGGUCACAGAGUUAUCUUGAAGAUCGAAAACCAUACUGCAGUAGACUAGAAAAAGAUGAUAGCCCUGAUUUUAAGAAGCUUUAUGAACAGAUUUUAGCUGAAAAUGAAAAACUGAAAGCACAGUUACAUGACACCAACAUGGAACUUACAGAUCUUAAGCUACAGUUGGAGAAGACCACUCAGAGACAAGAAAGAUUUGCUGACAGAUCACUCUUGGAAAUGGAGAAAAGGGAAAGAAGAGCGCUAGAAAGAAGGAUAUCUGAAAUGGAAGAGGAACUGAAAAACCUGCAACAAAUAAAGCAGAUUCAAUCUUUGAAACACAUAAAUGAGCGACUGGUGACUGAGAAUAGGGCCUUGACUCGAGUGCUUGCCAAGUUGUCAGGGUCCUGUAGGCAACUGCGCUCUGUGGACUUUUAAUUUCUUCCUUCUCCUUUGUUGAGCCAGGCAGGUGUUGACAUUCAAUUUGUGCUUGGGCAGAAUUUUACUAUUAACACUUGUGUGUCAGAAACUGACUCAGUGCUGCUCGGUUCUGGAGGUGUGGCUAAAGAUAAAGCAUGGUGCCCAGUGUACAAGCUAGAGGUGUUGCAGAUCUGCUGGUAUGGUGUGGUAUUGCCCCUGCUAGCACUGAAGCUUGGCCUUGAAGAUAAAUUGGCAAGGAUCCAGGAGACCUUUGACAUGUUAAAAUCUUGGCAACAACUGAAAGGAUUUGGGUUUGCAUGAAGAUAUACUAAAGUCAGUGUCUUGUUUUGAUGUUUGUGUAGAUGCUUAAAUAGAUUUGCCUCUAGUUUUCUAACAAAUUGAAAUUAAGAUUUGAGCUUUCUUUCUGCAGUUUGGUUUAAGUGCAUAGAGUUUAAAAAAGUUUACUCUUAACAAAAAAAAUAGUGUUUUAGAACUGGUGUCAGUACUGUGCAUUCCUGAACAGCUGCAUUAGCAGCCGUUUUUCUUACAUUUGUGUAUUUUGGUGUUUCAAAGGGGACCAGAGUAUUGUUUUUUCAGAAAUGUAUUUGAAUUUCAAGUUGAUUACUGUUUCCAAGUAUUAAGAUCCCAUUUGAGUCUUGCCAAUCCUUAUUUUUACAUAGACAAUUUAAAACAUGCAGUUCUAGCACAUAGUUAAGAUUAUUGAUUUAUAUUGCUAUAUAUAGAGGCAUCCCAGCGUGGAUGAGAGUCCUGCAAUGCGUGAACUGUAAAAUCACAGACAAAACCAAACUCUGCCUAAUGUGUCAGAUUGGUUUAGACCCCUUCUGAUAAAGUAUGAACUGUUUUGAGUUUCAUCUUGGAAAACAAUGCUAGUCUGUUGUGCUUAGUGUUAUUGCAGGGAUGUUUCAGAAACCCAUGGAAGGUUCAAAAUUUACGUGAGGAUAAAAUGUGGUUUCAUUUUACACCAAAUCUAUAUGCUUUUUUUCCUCUUAAAUAUAACAAGUGUCUAGGCUGGAGUUUACAGUGAGCUUUUAAGAUGUGCAGUUAAAAAAAAUGAACCAGCCUUCUGCACAGUGACUCUUGUUAAACUGCUUCCUUUCAUCUACCCCCCUUCCCACUUAGAAAGGAAGGUGAUGAGUGUGCAUUCUGUUCAGUAUCUGAUCUCGGGUUUUCCCCUUUAAGAGGCCUGAAAUGAAAAGGUUUAUCCUUUUAAUUGGUUUCUUUCUGGAAUUGGACUAACAUUAGGAUGUGGUGUUCCUGAUCCAAGGCCUGCAUUCUGCAAUGUUCCCUUGUGUUAACCCUUACUGAGGAAGUGAAGUCAGCUCACUGACCUGGCUGAAAACAAAUCCCUUUAUUCGUAAUAGUACUUGAUCCAGCUCACCCCAGUAUUAAAUUAGCUGUGCAGAAAGCAGCAGGAGCACACUGCUGCAUGAGGAAGGAGAGCAGUCCCUUUAGGGCUAUUUAUCUUACAUCAGCCUCAGCAAACAAUGUGAUUUUUUUAACACCGCUGAGCUAAUCUAAUGACUGCUGUCCACAUCUGCACAUCCAUACUGUCUUUUUUUGCUAGCACUGGCAUUCAUUUAACCAUGGUACGCCAUUUGGAGUGUUAACCACAGAAAACCAUUCAGUAUUCCUCUCCAUAGCAAGAGUUUUCAGUACCAGGUCGUUAUGGAGCUUGAGUAGUCUGACCAGCAAAAGAGAAGCAAUGGAAACCCAGCAGGGAGCCAUGGUAGUAUGAUGGUAGGUUAACAACAGCAGUAAGAACCGGUACUUCAGCAGUUUGUAAGCUUUUUGGAAUCUUUGUUAAUCAAGUUGUUUUGUGUGUACAAACUGGUAAAUCCUCCAGCAAGCACAGACAUGAUUGUUACUUAACAGAUCUGAGAUGGCUCCACAUAUGUCAGAUGAUUAUUGAAUCAUUAUUUGCUAAAUGAUAAUACUGCAAAGUUACUAGCUAAUCAUGCUACAGACAGAAAAAGAGUGCAUUUUUAUUUGAAUCGUAUCACAGGAAGAUACUCUGCUAUUUUAGUGAGAAGCAAAUUGGAAUUCGAAGUGCAGUAUGUUACUGAAUUUACUACAAAGGCAUUUUUUUCCUCCCUCGUCAUGAAAAGUGUAUGGUGUCACCUUAUGAGAAGUUUCAGUACCCAUAGAAAUGCACUGCCCCAAGAGAUUAAAUAAUAUUUUGUUUAAAUUAUGUGGGGAAUUAGUAAAAAUGAGAAGUGUAAGUAUUUUAGGUUACAUGUGCUUAUCCUUCCCGAUGAAUCUCCUGCUAUUCACAGAACCAUAUAAUUAUUUAGAUUGGAAAAGACCUCUAAAAUCAUCAAAUCCAACCAGUACCCCAGCACAACCACCCCUAAACCAUGCCCUGCAUGCCACAUCUACGCAUCUUUUAAAUGCUGUCAGGGAUAGUGACUCUACAACUUCCCUGAGCAGUUUUGCUUGACAACCAUCUUGAUGAAGAAAUUUUUCCUACUAUGCAAUAUAAACCUCUCCUAGUGCAAGUCAAUGCCUUUUUAUCUUGUCGUAUAAUCCUUUUGUCUCUUACAAGUCUUCCCCUGUGCUCUAGCACACUCAAACAAAAGAGAAGAUAUUUUCUUAAGACCUAUUCUACCUAUUAAUUGAAUCAGGGUUAAAAUCUACCUACAGAGAUUUGGAGAUAUAUAAUGGUACUGGCUUAUGUUAAAGCUCUAAUUUUGAACAGUGGAUUUUGUUAAAGUAGUUCACUAGAAAAUCUACCUCUAUGUGGGUCUGUCUCUAUGUAAUUAACCAUUAUGGGCUGCAGCUCCCUCCCUACUCAGUAAAGUGAAAGAGGACUGUGACAUUCCUGGAUUUAUUUUGAGGUUUCAUUGGAAUGCACACACAACACUACUCAAGGUACCUAUUUAACCAGUACAAAAACAGACUUCCUUGAUUCCUUCUGCAUGGCUAGAUGAGGGUUGUUGUGGUUUCACCCAGUACCUUUGGUAUGAAAUCUGUAGCAGAAUGGAAAGGAGGAAGAAAAGCCUUUGUUUGGUUUGCCUGAACAAAUGGCUGUUCUGUUGUUUGCAGACACAUGCAUGUUAUCUGGAUAUGACCCGUAUCUUGGACAACAGUAGCUAUUUUUUACAGCUUAGACUUAAACAAUAAUGCUUGACAAUUGCAAAAAGAUUCCUCAUGUUGCCCAAUUUCAAACAUAUUUACAUACUUUUUGAAAGUAAUCAGCAUUUUACAUCUCUUUUUGUUCAGAGCACAGCUCUCACUUGGACGCUUCGCUGUGACUCUAAAGAGCUCAACUUGGGUGGCUUUCCCUAGGCUCAUCCAUAAAACAGUUGGAAUCAAGGAUAGCUGAAUUAUUUUUGACUACUCUAAUUGUAGAGACCACCUUUCUUCUUCUUAUGAUCUCCUGUCAACUUCCUUUCACAUAAUUUGAUAUUUCCAGGGAAAUAAACUAGAGAUCUACAACUUCAUUAAUUUUCAGUUCACCAUCGUGAUUCACUGUGAAAGAGUCUGCAGUUCAGUGAAGUGAGUGUGGACAGGAGAUGUGGAAAUGAAACCUCUAGCGCACAGUUAAUUCACCCUGCAUUUUUAAACUUCCUGGCUCUUUCUGUUCCAUUCAUUCCAUAAUGUUCUGAAUAUAAUGGGAUUGAAAGUAUAAUUUUGCUUAAAUAAAA